AACUUGAAUAUCAACAUGUCUUUAGACUCUUCUCAGUUUUGGCCGGAGCUUUUGAAAAAAGUUCAAAUCGCCGAUGAAAUACAGACUAAAGUAAAUGACAUUGCAGCGGAAUUGGAAGCAUUUCUAAAAGAAAAAUUGACUCGGAAAAUUCGCGUUUAUCCGUUUGGCUCGCGUGUCUUGGGCAUUGCUCAGGAAACAUCCGAUUUGGACAUUUACGUGGAAUUUGACGACAGCUUCUACGAAUACUAUGAGAGGCAUCCCACUUGGAAGGACCGCAAAAGACAGGAACUGAUUUCAAGAGUGUUUAAGUCACCAUCGAAAUGGAUACACCUUCAAAAUCGCAGCGGCCAAUGUCCCCUAGUCGUCAUUAAAAAUAAACACACGAACUUACAGUACGACUUAAGUGUCAGUAACUGCUACCCCUACAGCCAGAACAAAGUAGUCGUAUAUCUAUUCAAACUGCAGCCAAUUGCUCGUUAUAUGAUCAUCUAUUUGCGAGGUUGGAUAAAAAUGCAUGGAUUGCAUGAGGAAUUCCGUAGUCAUAUACUUCUUUUGAUGGUCAUAUUCCAUUUGCAAAUUCGAAAAGAGCUUCCAUCCAUCCAUAAAUUGCAGGCAGAUCUAAGCCCAAGGAGUGGACCUUACAUUUAUCAUUUCAACGAAUUGGACCGGAACGAAAUGCCAUACGCAAUACCUCUUACGGAGUAUAAUACACGCGAAAAACUUAAGGAGUUUUUCAAAUUCUACGCCGGCUUUCAGUUUGAAGGAUAUGCCAUUUGUCCCUAUUGGGGCGAGUAUAUAAGGCGAUCGGAGCUCUGCUCAUCCAUGCCGAAAAGAUGCCAGAUAAUCCAUUGGGGUAAUAAGUUUACCCGAUUUUCCGUGGCCAUCCAAGAUUUCAUUAAUCUUAACCAGAAUAAAGCAUGUCUAAUCCGCGAUGAGCACUUAUCGAAAUUCAAGCUCAUAUGCGCUUCGAAGGCGUAUGAAUGA